UAACUACGCCAUAUUUAAGUGAGAAACAAAGCGCGGGUUUGUAGUUAACCUUAGAUUUAGUUUCUAAUAACAAGUAUUUGAGUAAUAUUAUGACUUCUGAUAAUGAAACGACUACGAAUUUACCAUGGGUUGAAAAAUACCGACCUAAAAAGUUGGAAGAACUUAUCUCUCAUGAAGAAAUAUUAAAAACAAUUAAAAAAUUUAUUGAUGAGAAUCAACUUCCUCAUCUUCUACUUUAUGGACCACCAGGCACAGGGAAAACGAGUACUAUUUUAGCUUGUGCAAAGACACUUUACAAACCUGCUCAAUUUAAUUCUAUGGUAUUAGAAAUGAAUGCAUCUGAUGAUAGAGGAAUAGGUAUAGUCAGAGGCCAAAUUUUAAAUUUUGCGAGUACGGGUACUAUGUAUAGAUCUGGAUUUAAAUUGAUUAUUCUCGAUGAAGCAGAUGCAAUGACAAACGACGCCCAAAAUGCUCUUAGAAGAAUUAUUGAGAAGUAUACAGAAAAUGUACGUUUUUGUAUUAUAUGUAAUUAUCUUGGUAAAAUUAUACCAGCUCUUCAGUCAAGAUGUACUAAAUUUAGAUUUGGCCCUUUACAAUCAGAACAAAUUUUACCAAGACUUAAUGAAGUUAUAGAACAGGAAAAUUUAAAAGUAACAGAUGAUGGUAAACAAGCACUAAUGACAUUGUGUGGUGGAGAUAUGAGGAAGGUAUUAAAUAUACUUCAAAGUACUUGGCUGGCUUUUGGAUCAGUUACAGAGGAAACAGUAUAUUCUUGUGUUGGACAUCCUCUUCCAGUUGAUAUAAAAAAUAUUGCAAACUGGUUGUUAAAUGAAUCUUAUGAACUAUCUUAUUGUAAAAUACAAGAUCUAAAAAUUAAGAAAGGACUCGCGUUGCAAGAUAUACUGACUGAAUUGCAUCUAUUUGUACAUAAAAUUGAAUUCCCAGAUUACAUACUCAUAAAUUUGGUGAUAAAAAUGGCCGAAAUCGAAAAAAGGGUAGCAGUCGGAUGUAGCGAGGCAGUACAAUUAAAUGCUCUUGUGGCGGCUUUUCACCAAGCACGAGAGAUAGAUUUUUGAAAGAUAUUUACGAAGCGGACCGUCAGUAACCAACAAUGUGUCGGGUCGCCUCUAUUUAUACAACACGAUAGUAUCUUAUAAUCUUUAAUUACAUUCUGUCGUGAAUCUUAUCUAUGAGAUGGAUCUCCGCGAAUUGGAUGUCAAAAUCUACAACGUAAAAUCGGUAGAGUCAUCGUGUCGCUCUUUCCAUAAAUUUCCCUUAGCUUGUAAAUUCAUCUGCGCCUAUCGCUUCGUAUACCGGUAAUCGCACGAAAAGUGUAGACCUCAUUCUCCGGAUGAUAGUUCUUUGCAACACUAAGUUUAAUGUGUAUAUAAAACAAUAUACAUAUAAAUCCGCAUAUAGAACGUCUUGAGAAUACUUUGACAAGUAUUCUUUCGAUCGACAUGCUAUUUGCUAAUCGUUAUUCGAAGAUUCUUGUUCAUUAAAAAAAAUCGUGUUGAACACGGACUAUCUCGUAACCGAAAAAACUUGUCAUUGACGAGAAAGAAAGUUGAGAAUUUAUCGUGUAGUUCUUGGGUAAACUCUUUGCAAACUGUGAAAAAAAACGUCGAUCCCUUUGAAAA